CUAUAUAUACAGUCGUCUAUGGUCAAACCGUGUAAACAUUUGAGCAGAUCUUUUAGUAAGGCCCUCGAUGAUUGGUUCUUGCUCGUCGUGACCUGGCAACCAAGUGAAAGCUUUCAGACGCUUUAUCCCAAACAGCAAAAAGAAUCCAGGCUCUGUCUGUUGUGUUGCCACAAUCAAGUUAUUAGAGUAAAUUAUAAAACUGAAGGGUUGCUUCAGCGUGAACAUCCAACAUGUCUUCGAGAACACUACCUCUUCUCUUCAUUAAUCUCGGUGGAGAAAUGCUUUACAUCCUGGAUCAACGCCUACGAGCUCAGAAUAUCCCAGCCGACAAAGCCAAGAAAGUAGCUGAUGCAUGGCUAGAGGAGGACAGAAGACAAGUAAUGAAUGACAUCAUCACUACCAUGUUCAAUAAGAAGUUCCUGGAGGAGCUGUUCAAGCCACAGGAGCUAUACUCCAAGAAGGCCUUGAGAACUGUUUUUGACCGACUGGCCCAUGCCUCAAUCAUGAGGCUCAACCAAGCCAGCAUGGACAAGCUCUAUGACUUGAUGACCAUGGCUUUCAAGUAUCAGGUCCUGCUCUGUCCACGACCAAAGGACAUCUUGCUGGUCUCCUUCAACCAUAUGGACGCCAUCAAAGACUUUGUGAGAGACACACCCAGCAUCCUCAGCCAGGUGGACGAGACGUUUCGCCAGCUCAUAGAGAUAUAUACCCCACUGUCAGCUGGGGAGUUGCAACUGAUCAGGCAGACCCUCCUCAUAUUCUUCCAAGACAUGCACAUACGAGUGUCCAUAUUCCUGAAAGACAAAGUACAGAAUUCCAAUGGGCGUUUUGUGCUCCCGACGUCUGGUCCAGUGCCAUGUGGAACACAGGUUCCUGGACAGAUGAGGCAGUUCAGUUGCUCUGGCGAGGAGCUUAAGAGACUUCAGUUCUCCAAUGGUGGGAACUAUACCAGUGCUCUCCGUGAGGGCUCGUUUGAAAUGUUUGGCGAGAGGGUAAUCAAGUUGGGCACAAACAUGUAUAGCGUGAGUCGUCCUGUGGAGACCCACAUGUCAGGGACAUCAAAGAACUCUGCACAGCACACCAAGGUGAAUACUGCACCCAACCCUCUUGCAAAAGAAGAACUAAAUCUGCUUGCAAAGCUGAUGGGGGGCUUGGAGAUGCAGACGCCUACCAGCACAGACUCAGGGUUCCGUGUGAACCUAUUUGCCACAGAUGAAGAAGAGGAAGAAGCUUUAAUAUCAAGACCGGAUGAGCUGUCAUAUGAAGUUAUAAAUAUCCAAGCAACCAAGGACAAACAGGCCAAUGCCGAGCUGGCCAAAAUCAUGGGGGAGUUUGGUGAAUCUGGAGAUCCCGCCCCUACCUCCAGCAGCAAAGGAGAUGACCUGCUGGCCAUGAUGGACGGCCUGUGAUGCAGGGUGGGUCUGUAGCGGUCCUCAAGGCUAAGGCUAAGCAGGUUAGGCACAGUCAUGGUGUCAUGCUGUGGACAAGGCAUUGAGUAGACUGAGUACCUUUGCCUCACAGCUAGUGUGGACCCGUAUGUGCCCCACACAAGGCACAACCUCCAUUGUGUGUGUUUAUAGAGUGGAGGUGUGAUGGGAGGACGACUCAGGUUUUGGCUCAUCAAGGUAUUUUGGGUCAUCAAAAAUCUGCUGCAAUAGUUUACCUUUCGGGCAGAGGGCAAAUUGUUUGCUUCAGUGUAUUGUGUGUGUGUGUGUGUGUGUGUGUAUGGCCGCGACUAGAAUCACCUUACAGCAUUUCUUGGUGUUGCUCCUUCAUGGGCCCCAAAGCUUUCCCGAACAGUUGGUGCCACACUGUGUUUCAUCAGCACCAGGAAGUGCUUUACAACAGCUUAAGGUUGCAUUGCUUUUCCAUACCACCAGGGGGCAUACUUCAUCUACAGUCAUUUUGCAAUGGUAAAUCAUGUGUAAUUGAAAUGCUGGUGUUCUAUAACCAAUGUGUUAACCAAAUACUAGUCCCCAGGCUUAGUUUCUGUCAUUGCUGUAAGGUUAUCAUGUUCAGUUUGGUUAAACACUUUCAGAAUCCUCAUUUCAAUUACUCAUGGUUUCAGUUGUUAACAUAAGAGUUGCACAUGCUGUGCAUGUUAGUUGUUUGAGAGGUUUUCAGCUCGUUGAUCCAGCACCUGCCGUAAAAGCCCAGGCAAUUGUUAAUGUGUCAAGAGAGUGAAGACAGAAAACCUAAGUGCACUUGUCAUUGUGUUUCAAAGUUGUAUAUCCAAAAAUAUAUGUAUGAACUGAAUGUUAUUGUCAGUUGGUCACAAAACUUUAAAUGGUCAAAUUUUAAGAAAUGUUGCCUAGUCCAUGGUUUAAAACAUUUUACUGACUCACCACUGUAAUGAAUUUGAUAAUAAUGUAGACGCCAAUAAGGCCCCAAUUACAUACAAUUUUGUGAAUACAUUUUUGAACUUA